AUCCGUAUAGGUAACACGGAUAAUGCGAGAGUCUAAUGUGCAGGAAAACAAUUGAUAUUCCGAGCGAAAUUUUCCCGCCAUUUUUCAAGUGAUUAGUGUUGUAAAACUUGUGUCAACAUUUUAGUGGCCAGUGUUUUGUGGAUAUUGUUUGUAAACUUUUUGUGUUAUUUUUUUUAUUCGUAUGCUGGCAUGUUGGUGAUGGGGCAAUAAGAUGAUGGCUACUACAACCAUGGUGGUGUCUCCGUUGGCCACGCAGCCCUCGCCGAAGACCAAAAGGAGGCUGUUUGCCGAAGCUCGCCAAAACAGCCUUCAGAAGCUGAGCAUCAUUUUCGACCACGGGAACAAAAGUGGCAAUGGUGGCGAGACGACGUGGUGUUUUAGUCAGGUGAAGGGCACUUUGGAAGAUGACGUCACAGAGGCCGACCUCAUAUCGUGCGUAGAGUUCAACCAUGAUGGAGAACUUCUCGCGACAGGAGAUAAAGGCGGCAGAGUUGUUAUAUUUCAGAGGGACCCAGCAUCGAAACAGUGCGUGCCUAAGAAGGGCGAAUACAACGUAUACUCGACUUUCCAAUCGCACGAGCCCGAGUUCGACUACCUCAAGUCUCUGGAGAUCGAGGAGAAGAUCAACAAGAUUCGGUGGUUGAAGCGGAAGAAUCAAGCGCAUUUUCUGCUGUCCACAAAUGACAAGACUAUCAAACUAUGGAAGGUAUCGGAACGCGACAAGCGCGUGACCGGCUACAACACUCGCGAGGAGGGCGGGCGGCCGCGGGACCCGGCGCGCAUCACGCAGCUCCGGGUGCCCACCGUCAAACCCGCGGACCUCAUGGUGGAGGCCUCGCCAAGGAGGAUAUUCGCCAACGCCCACACAUACCACAUAAACUCAAUCUCUUUGAACUCUGAUCAAGAAACGUAUCUGUCAGCUGAUGACUUGCGCAUCAACCUCUGGCACUUGGAGAUCACGGACCAGAGUUUCAAUAUUGUUGAUAUCAAACCAGCCAAUAUGGAGGAACUCACUGAGGUAAUUACCGCAGCAGAGUUCCAUCCCACAGAAUGCAAUCUCUUUGUAUAUUCUAGUAGUAAGGGUACAAUAAGACUAUGCGACAUGCGCGCCGCGGCUCUGUGCGACCGCCACGCGAAACUAUUUGAGGAGCCCGAGGACCCCCACGCCAGGUCCUUCUUCAGCGAGAUCAUCUCCUCUAUCAGCGACGUCAAGCUCAGCAACUCGGGCAGAUAUAUGAUGUCCAGAGAUUAUUUAGGUUUAAAAGUAUGGGAUCUUAGAAUGGAAACAAAACCCGUAGAAACAUAUCCAGUACACGAGUAUUUGCGGUCCAAAUUGUGCUCUUUGUACGAGAACGACUGCAUUUUCGAUAAGUUUGAAUGUUGUUGGAGCGGAGACGAUCAGCGGCUCAUGACUGGCUCGUACAACGGAUUCUUUAGAGUGUUCGAGCGCGGCUGCGGCGGCGCGCGGCGCGGCGACCUGACGCUGGAGGCGUCGCGCGAGGCGGCGGCCCGCCCGCGCCUGCCGCUGCGCGCGCGCCGCGUCGCCGCCUCCGCCAAGAGGAAGAAGGACGAGAUAAGCGUAGACUGCCUAGACUUCAACAAGAAGAUACUCCAUACCGCGUGGCAUCCCCACGAGAGCAUCAUAGCGGUGGCCGCUACGAACAACCUGUUUAUAUUCCAAGACAAGUUCUAGCACUCCACGCACCAGGUAGGGAGGACUCGGUGAACAGACGGACAAAAUGUAGGAUAUUAGUUUGUAUGGUACGGGAAAAUCUGGAAUUUUCAAAAUGUUUUUAAACGCUGCUUGUACUUAUAUCAAGUUCUAGCACUAAGAUAGGGAGGACUUUGUGAACAGGACACAUGCAGCUAUUCAAAGUUUGAGGAUGGAUGUGAAAAAUAAAAAAAUGAGUCUAACAAGUACGGAAACAGUGUAGGGAUAUGAAAUUUAAAAGUUUGCAGGAUAACAUAGUAGCUGGAUUGCUCAUAUUAUAAGUUAAGGCUGUUUGCCGGGUAUGACAUGUAGAGGAAGGAAGAAUUUUGUGAACAGACGAGAUAUAUAAAAUGUAGGAAUUGCGUUUGAAACAUAAUAAAACUGGAUUAACCAAGAGAAAUUAAGAAUAUUGGACCUAAUAAUUCAUAGAUAACCUUUUCAAAAGCUUAGAAUUUACUCAAAUUUUUACUUUGUUAUUAAGACCGAGUAAAAAAAAUAUUUGAUUUGCAGCAAGUAAAUUUUAAUAAGAGUGAAUUUUUUUUGCAACAAUUAUUAUGAUUGAAAUAUAAAAUACGCUAGCCAUUAACAUUAAGAAAAUUGCAGGCGAGCAUUUGUAAGAUUUUAUUGGGUAAUUAAACUUUAACUUGAAAUGUCCUUACCACCGUCUAAGUAAAUAUAAUACAAAUAACCAAAAUUAAAUAGAAAAUGAAUAAUCAAUUCGUAUAGCGUCAUCUCUCUCUCACCAUUGAGAUAACUCAAUUGUGCGAAAAGGAUAACGCUUUUCAAUAUGAGAAUGCAUUAUACUUUGCACGAUAAUGCUUGUACAAACAAAGAUGAAACUAGUCCUCCUUACUUUGGGCGUGUUAUAUUGUAUAAACUGCGGGUAGCUGUCAGUUCAGCUAUUGGUGCGUAUUCUUUGUGGAAUCAGCCAUUCACAGGGCUCCGUUUGCAAACUUGACGUGAUUGGUAGUUUAAAGUCUUCUUUUUUUACAUUAUGAACGAUAAAUGAAAAAAUAUUUUUAAAUUCUAAGAUCGUUAAAGUUUCAACGUUUCGUAACUACCUUACCGAUUCAAAAUACGAAGAGGAGUUGAAUGAGAGUGUAGGUAAAUGGUAAAAUUACGCAUCGCCAUAUUAUCUACGCUUCAUAGAUGACAUAGUGCUUAUAAAUUACGCAAAAUGACAGGUUGGCAUUAUGUUAAUUGGCGUUAUAAGCCGAAUGGUGACAGCUACCUUAGCAGUAUUGUUAAAAACUCGCGGCGUAUCGUUUGACAUACAUUUAGGGUAUUAGGUUUACUGAUCACAGAUGCAAAACAAAUAAUCUUAUUUACCUGUAUGUCUAUCGAUAAUAACGGUAAAAUAAAUGUCUAAAGUUUCGAGUGGCGAAUAAUUCAUUAUGCGUCAAUAAGUUAUGAUUUUUUAGUUCAAUAAAAUUUAAUACGGUAAAAUUUAUUAAACUUUAGUUUUGGCAUCUAAAAACAAAUCUAUACUUAUUUAAUAUAGAGGUAACUUUUGUAACUUUGAUUGUUUGUCAGGCCUAGGUUUGUAUCUUCGUGUUAAUUCUUUCAUUGUUUAAAAGGUACAUUAUCAAAGGUAUAUUUUGGAUAGACUCCUGAUUUCCAUGAUCUAUCAACAAGUGCAUCUAACCCGGUUUGCAUCAUAGUUACACAUACAAUUGCUUAAAAUUGAUAGAUUUCCUUCCGAUAAGAGAAUUGGUGAGCAAUUGAACUAAUGUAUGUUAACGUUAUGAUUGUACAUUCAGUUCCUUAACGGCGCAAGUUACCUCACGACGUUUUCCCUCACCGUUAGAGCAUCUGUUAGCAUUCAAACUAAUGUACGCGUUGCCUCUGUGACCAGUGCAAUUUAGAUACAAAUUUUGAUGUUUUAUUUUCCACGAAGCUCAAUAAUAUGUCGUCCAUAUUCCAUAGAAAAUACAGACGAUUUUUCAAUGUUACCAGUGAAGUGUACUUCCAGAUUUUGUCCCACGAUACACCGCGUUAUUUAGAUAGCUAGAUACUAAGAUCGUUAUAAAUAAAUCAGUUAUUGGAAUAGGUGGAGUAUAUUUAUUUUAACUUCAAGAUAUACUUUUGUGGACCAUUUGUUUGUUGUAAAAGCUAAGCUAAUUUUUUUUAAUAAGUAUUACAAUUAACUAUAUAAAUAUAUAUCAUUGUAAAAAAAAUACAUAAAGGCAAAAAGAUAUGUUAUUUAAGUGAAGACUUUGUUUGGUAAUAAUUUGGCUUAUAUGAUUUUAUUCCCAAUGUAUUUCCUUGGCAUUAAAAUAAAUAUAACUCACCCAUUCAGAUCACUGUAAAUAAUUCUCGAUAAUUUAUACGCUUUUCAUACUUAAGGUUCUAAGCGAUAUAGUAUUUAUUGUUUAAAUGAAUACCACAAUAACGUGAUGCUUCGUUCACAUAAUAAUGAGAUUAGUUAGGAAUAAAAAUGUGUUUAACUUCCUUCCGAUCAGAUAUUAAACUUGACAAACUAUCGCUUACAACGUGAAAUGUAUAUCAAAAAUAUAUGUAGAAAUAUACGUAUUUGUAUACAAAAUAUAGUGAUGAACUAAUGUACAUUUUGUAUUGAUAGCCGUGUAGAAAUAACCUUGUGUUUUUAAAUGAUUUUGUUGUAUCCAUUAUGUGUAUUUUUGAUUUGUUUUCAUGCAUUUUGGGUUGUAAGCGUUUUUAUGUGUUUCAAUAGUCGUACAGUGUCGGAUUUGGUUUUUUUUACGUAUUCCGAAAUUUGUAAGGUCUAUUUAUAUAGUAAUUAUAUUUUUCGUUGCUUCAGCUAAACGUUGACCAGCUUGACCUGACCGGGGAUCGAACCUGGGGUAAGGUAAAUUACUGACAUUACCACGGUGCCACUGAUGCGGACUUUACUGAAAUCCUGUUUAUUGUAUAAAUAGAUCAUUCAAUAUUUGUUUAGAUCUCAUUUCGUGCUUGAGUCAUGGACUCAUGUUUUUCUUUUGUUCAAAAAUGAAAUUUUUUGCGGUGUUUUCAAUAAGCUAUUGUAUCGAUAUAAAUACAUUGAGAUAAGUCGUAUAAAAUGGAAAUAAAUGGAUAACGGAUAACUUACAUAUACAUAAUAGUAUAAGACCGUGGAAUUGGAAGAGGCUUUGAUAUAAAUUUUGAUAGGAAGAACUGAACGGGUCAAAAACACUAAGUAUCACUGAUACAAAUUAGAUGAAGGUGGCCUGACAAUAGGCUAAGAAAAUUGCAACCGCUAAACUCUUGUAAACUGACCCACUCUAAUAUAAUACAUAACAAAAAAAAAAAAUCAUCUUACAUAAAUUGAAAAUUUAAAAAUAUAGAAAAUUUAUAUCGAUACUAAUAGCUCAUAAAAAAAAAUUAGGUACGAUUGUUUCAAUGUGACUUGGUAAUCGUUACAAUUUUAUAGUUAAGAUUGUACGACGCUACGACAUAUUGUAUUCGAUUAAUUAAAUUAUUUGAUGAUAUCGUUUUGUAAAAUGAUACAUUAAUAUUAUACGUAAAUGAUUAGAAAUCGCUUGACGAACAGUUUUCACGUUACACAUAUGAUGCAAAAUAAUUUUGAUUACGAUCAACAAUAAAUCAUCAUUUAAAGUUAAAUUUUCCAUUUUCCAUACGACGGAUGAUAUGAAAAAUUGGACAUAUGGAAAGAAACUCUUAGUCCCCUGAAGCAAAAGUAAAAAGUGUCACGAGAAACUCUUAAUUGAAAAUGUUUCUCAUUCACGAUGAGAAACCUUAUUACAGUAUCAUUUACAUUGAGAAAUUGCAUAAUUUUUGUUUGACAUGACACCUGUUCGCCAAAAAGUGACAAUUGCCGGUUUCAGUUUCCCAGGCCGUGCCUUACCGUGUAUUUAGUUUUGUUAAUCAUCCCUUUAUUUAUUAUUAUCUAUUAUUUUUUUUAAGUAUUUGUGAUCGUUUUUAUGAACUCACACCACGAGUAUGUUAUUUAAUGAUUUUGAGAACUGUACGCGAAUGGCGGAAUAUACAAUUAUGAAUUACAAAUGAAAUAACAUCAAGUGUGAUUACUUACGGAAAAUAUUGUGAUUUUAGUUCGUGUCUAUAUGUAAGAGAAGCUGAAUUGAAAGAUGUAAAUAUAUAGAAAACGAAUGGAGGCCUGAAUAUAAAUAUAUAGAAUAUUUUGUCACAAUUAUAAUUAAUGUACAGAGUUAUAUAUAUUUGUACUUUAAUUGGAUUAAGCUUGAUACAGUUAAAUUAUGUUAAUUUUUUGAAUGAAAUGCGUUCGGUAAUUUUUGAAAUUUGUGACAGUACUCGUUGUAUGAUUUAGUUAGUGAAUCACGUUGUUCAAGUUUUGACUUCUUCUUUUCUUGUGUGAGAGAAGUGCGUUUUUAUCGUUGAUACGCGUACCAUAAAAUUUAACAAUAUAGUGUACGAAAGUAUACCUACCUAAAUUAUCCACGAGUACUGUUUAAAUUUAAUUGAUUCAGGCACUUCCAUAGUUUCCGUUAGUUUAACCAUAAUCUCCCGAUUUUUUUGUUGUUUGAUUUUGUAUGGAAUGUGUUAAGUUUUAGUUCUUUUUUUUGUGUAAUGGGGCCGGGUCAAUUCCUCGAGUGGACUUUUUUUUGCAUACCUACGAGCUGGAGUUAUAUGUAAGUUAAAAAAAAUAUGUGAUAAUGAAAUGCCUCCGCGACUUAAGAUUGCUUCAAUGGCAAUAUUAGUAGUAUAGGAAUUGACGGACCCCGAUAUCAGUGUAAAAACGAGAAUUUUUAGCGUAAACGUGUAUAGUGUGUGACUGAUCGAGUGACAGGCGGGCGUCUUAUUUAAGUCUAGUUUAUAGUUAGGAAAAACUGUGAAAGCGCAGCCAUUGAAAAUAUAAAAAAAAAAACAAUCAGUUCUUUUUGUUUCAAGUGAUGAGGGAUCGGCGCAGGUUUUGCUUGUUCAGUGCCCGUAUAAUAGUCGAGGUUUAAUUUAUAACCUUAAACAAUGUUGAUAGUGGUCCCUUCCAGUUUACAUGUUUUCUAAAAACGUUGAAAGUAGAUUGUAUAAGAAAUAUUGACAAACAUAUUUGUCACGCGAUUUUGAUUAGUAAGCAUGCGCAUAACGCUUUCGACUAUGUCCAGUGGACAUAGUGGACAUUGUCCACUAAUGGUUGGAAUGUUGCCUUAUCUUAAUUUUUAUAUGCAGUUGAGACAGAGUUCAUAGUCAAUAAGAGGUCGCGUUAUUUGACGGGAAAAUAAAAAAAAGAUAAACGUGGCCCCGAUUCUACUUAUGAAAGACGAACGAUAAAGACGCGACUUAGUAAUUAAAUCUCGAUUAUUACACGGGCAUCAUAAAUGUGAUAUGUCGCAAUAAGCGGUGUGAAGGUUUGUCUGUUAGUUUGCUGGCGACCUCUAGCGGAUGACAACGAAACUAACAAGAGUCCAACCCGCGCCUCCUUAGCGCCGCUAAGGCGAUCGGAAUUUAUGUAAAAAAUCCGCCAAUCAACUUAAAAAUCAUCGCUCUAAUUCACUCUCAAUUAUGUUGCCGUCUCGUUCUGUCCUGCCAUGCGAUUGAACACGGCUAAAUUCAGCGUUGAUUCUGUAUUGGUUGAUGUAAAAACAAAUUGAUUGGCGGGAAAUAUACUACGAGUUAAAACAUUCUUCUUGUCUCUUGUCUGUUGUAUAACGACCAAUGAGAUAUUGAGAAGGGCUAAAGAUACAGGCUUUCGAAUACUGAUAGACAUUGAAAUCACUUGAAGACAAAUCAACGUAAUAUAAGCUUUAAAUCUUGUACUUCUUAGAAGUUCAAUUUUCAAUAGUUUUGAAGGAACGACCAUAAUAUGUUCGUAUGCUGUAAUAGACGAAGCCUUUUUAGCGACCAAGAUUUAAGACUAGUUUUAUAUUAUUUAUCGUACUUGCCAGUAACCCGACGAACAAACUUCUCUUUACAAAUAAAUCGCGAAAUCAUGAAAGAAAAAACUAUUUUAUGUAAUGUAGUUUUUAUAUGCAGCUCCAUAGAUAGUAGAUGCUCAAUUUUUUUAAAUUGUUUAAUUUGAUGUGCCAUGGUAAGGAGGCGCGGGCGCAGAAGGUUGUUGAAUCAAAAUAUUUCCUUAUAAUAUAAAUUUUUAUAUCUGAA